GGUGAAGAAGAAAGUGAAGAAACUGGUGAAAAUAUUUUAUUAUCGAUUGUUCAAUUAUUAGCUGCUAAUCGAAAUAAAAACUUAUGGAUCGACUUACAAAGUUAUCUAACAAUGAACAAACGGGAGCAAUGGCUGGCCCAUCAUCAUCUUUACGAGCACAAACAAUUCGACAAUCAUCGUCGAAUCAUAAUGGUCGAAUGAUCAAUCCAAACAACAAUAAUAAUAAUCAUUAUGGUGGUAAUCGUCAACGAUUUUCCAAUCAAAAAAUUCGGGAUAGAGAACAUAAAUCCUCGUCAUCGAAUCGAAAUGGUAAAAAUGACGGUGACAACAACCGUAAAUUAUUGACAAAUAAAAUACCAAAAGUAAUAUUGGCAUCGGAUUCAUCAAUCCAUUAUGGUUAUCAUCAAAUGAAACGUUAUAGCUAUAAUAAUCAUCAUGGUAAAGAACGAUUCGUACAGGCCAAUUGUCAGUUUGUUAUCUCAUUUGACAAAACAUUUUCCAUUGAUGAUCAUCCUGCAUCAAAUUAUUCUGAAUGUUUGCAUAAUCCAGAUGCAUCGAUCCCAUGGGAAUCAAUUGAAGAGAUUCUAUUCACCUGUAAAACUGAUGAUAAUGUUCAUUGUCCUAUUUGUUUACAUUAUCCAACUGCAGCCAAAAUAACCCGUUGUGGUCAUAUCUAUUGUUGGUCAUGUAUGCUUCAUUAUCUUUCGUUAAGUGAUAAAAAAUCUCGCCCAUGCCCGAUUUGUUUUCAUCACAUUCAAAAGAAUGAAUUGAAAAGCGUUACGAUUGUUUCCAAACAGAAUCAUUCGACAAACGAUUUGAUUACAUUCAAUCUAAUGAAAAUACGUAAAGGAUCAACAUUUGCUGUACCGAUCGAUUAUGAGGAACAAUUUGACCAUUCGAUUAAUAUUAAAAAUUUCAAUCAAACUUUGGACAUGUUUCAUAAAGUUUUUAUUGCAUCUCGUGAACAAAAAACACAAUUAAUCGAACGUGAACAGAAUGAAUUACAGCAAGAAUUGUUUCAAUAUAAAGCAGAUAAUAUGCCAGAAAUAUGUUUCGUUGAAAAUGCAUUAGAAGAAUUAGCCGUACGGAAAUCGAUGUUGGAUAAAAAUCAAUCACAAAUAGAUGAAUCACUAUUGAAUUUCGCUAUACUUGGAUUAAAACCUUCUAUUUCUGGUAAUAAUAAUGAUUAUCAUUAUUUUUAUCAAUCUGCUGAUGGCCAACAUAUAUAUCCACAUUCAAUUAAUGUGCGUAUGUUGAAACAUCAAUAUCAAGAAUUACGAUAUUGUCCACCGAUAAUCAUUGGCAAAGUGAUUGAAUUACAUCGUCAAACUAUAACUGAUGAUAUUCGUAAACGUUUUGCUCAUUUACGACAUCUUCCAUUGUCCUGUGAAUUUACCAUUGCUGAAUUGGAAUUCAUUAAUGAUGAAAAGAUCGUUUCGGCUGAAACUUUGGAACAAUUUCGUACGGAAAUGAAUAAUCGACAUCGUGACAGAAAACGACGUGAAAAAGCACAAAGAAUUCGUGAUCGUAAUAUUGAAAUUGAAAAUAACAAAAAAUAUUUCAAUGUUCACCCACUGCCGAAUUUUUCUAUGACCGAUGCAGAUUUUCAACCAUUGGAAGACGAUAAUACAGCAGCAGCCUUUGCAUUGGGUGAUGGAGCAUCAUCAUCAUCGUCAUCAGAUACACCACCAUCAACAUCACCAGCAUUGCAAUCAUCAUUUGCUAACAUGUUAACUUCUGGUAAAACAAAAAUACAAUUCGAUAAUACUAUACGUCGUCAGCAAUCAUCAUCGAAAAUAGAAAUGACCAAUAAUGAUGAGGAUGAUAAUGAAGAACGUGUAACCAAUUUAGAUCUAACAUUGAGCGAUUAUUUUGAUCAAUGCGUUCGUGUUGGUGGCAGUAAUUCUAAUGGCAUCGGUGGUGGUAAAAAACAGAAGAGAAAGAAUCGACAAAAGUAAAUUCUACGAAAAUUUAUUUGUUUUUUUUUGCAAAAUUUUCUUUAAUACAAAAUUCUAAAUGAUACAAUUUA